UGAUCUCAAUUGAAAGAAGAGGUAUCAAAGUGGAACGAAGAAGCCCUAACGCAUUGGAGAGAAGAAAAGCUCAACAUUCGUCACUCAUCACUCAUGGCACUCUCUUCUCGUCUCUUUUCCAAAUCCAAAUUGAUCUAUGGAAGUCAAAUACUUCUGCAAAAAGAGUAUGCUGUCCCAGUUCGUCACUUUGCUAAAGAGGCUGCCACUCCUGCCCUUAAGGGAGAUCAGAUGCUGAAGAACAUUUUUGUGGAGGUGAAGAACAAAUUUGAGACAGCCAUAGGAAUAUUAAAAAAGGAGAAGAUCACCAUUGAUCCUGAUGAUGCAGCUGCUGUUUCUCAUUAUGCAAAUGUCAUGAAAACAGUUAGAGAGAAGGCAAAUUUGUUGUCAGAAUCACAAGAUAUCCAAUCCACCAUUGAAAUUGAGACACAGGAUAUUCCAGAUGCACGGACCUAUCUUUUGACUCUCAAGGAAAUAAGAACCAAGAGAGGUCUCACGGACGAUCUUGGUGCAGAGGCUAUGAUGAUAGAUGCAUUGGACAAAGUUGAAAAGGAGUUGAACAAACCUUUACUUAGAAAUGAUAAGAAAGGAAUGGACCUUCUCUUGGCAGAGUUUGAUAAGAUUAAUAAGAAGAUUGGAAUUCGAAAGGAAGAUCUGCCGAAGUAUGAAGAGCAUCUAGAACUUAAAAUAGCUAAAGCACAGCUGGAGGAGCUGAAGAAGGAUGCUAAAGAGGCAAUGGAUACUCAAAGGAAGAGGGAGGAAUUCAAGGAUGAGCCUGAAUCGGUUGAUGUCAAAACUUUGGACAUCAGGAACUUCCUUUAAAAUGUCUUCUAGAUGUUUGCAUACAUUAGAAAUUGUUGCAUUUGGAUAACGGUGAAGCUGUGUUUCUUCAAUAAGUAGACACCGGUGGUUUUGAAGUGCAACACUGAUGCCAGUUUGAAGAUUCUUGAAUUUUCAAGGUCUUUGUAUUUCAUAUUCCAGGUUUAACUGGAAGUGAGGCGAUCAAUUUUUCUAAAUUUUUCUUCUGUCAUGUUUUCCGAGUAUUUAUUCUUUUUGAUUUUAUGGUGGUUCCCAAUUUCGAUGGCAUCCAUCGAUUAAUUGAAAUUCGUCAACCCAUUAAACAAUCUUUACUACAUUUAAAGAUUGUAUUCCAUCUACCCAAAAAGAAGUACGUGAUCUUUUGCAUGAUACGCCCAUUUGAAAACAAAUUGAAAUUGUUCCU